AUCUUAGAGUUUCCUUGCAGUACUAAUCUGGUAGUGACUGUGGCAGAAGGUAUUACCACCUUUGGAAACAUAUUAAAAAGUAGAUGUGUAGCGGUAUCAAAAUAUAUAAUGGAUAUACAACUAGAAAAACUCACUAAGGAAGUUUCAGUUAGUGCACCAAAUAAUAUAGAAUAUAUAGCAAGAAGUUUAACAAUAAAAGAUUUAGACAAGAUCACAAACUCGGAAUUAAUUGCAUAUGGAAGAUUUUGCACAGCAUUAAGCAAAGCUGAAUGCAGAAGAAUAGAAGAAGGCCAAAUAGAAAACAAAGAAGAAAUCAAAAAGAGAAGCAACAAAAUGGAAGAAAUUAUGAAAACAGAAGAAGAAGAAGACAUGCAAAUAGGAGAGUUGAGAAAAAGAAGACAAGAAGAAGAACCAGAAAAAAAGAUAGAAUCGAAAGAAAGAAAUAUAAAAGAAUCAAUUCAACAAACCAAAAGUGAGAGAGAGGGAGACGAACCAGAAGAAAGUAUAGUAAUCUCAGGCCCAGAUGCAAGCUCAUAUGACUGGCUUAAAGAGAAAGAAAUUGAA